GGCGCCUCACAGUUCGCAGUCGAAGCAGGAGCAUCGAAGUUGUCGGAGGUGAAUUUUUUGUUUUUCGUCGACUUCUACAGCUUGUUCGAGAGACGCUUUUACCCGGCCUCAAAAACAGAUUUUGACGCAAUUUUAAACGUCACAGAGCAACACCCACAAAAAGACACAACACUCAGUCCACAUCAGUCCUAUAUCUUCAGCUAUGGGCGUGGCAUUGAUGAGCAAGAGGAUGAUGCUGUGGCUUCCACUCCUCGCCCUGAUGGUCCUCAACAGCGUGGACGCAUACUCCAAGUAUGGACGCGGAUGCGGGGACAUUGGAUGUCUGCCCAAUGAGGAGUGCAUCAUCACCAGCGACUCGUGCAGCUACAACCAGAGGGACGGCAAGGACUGCGGCAACUAUCCGACCUGCAAGCGCCGCACUGGCUCCAGCUCCAGUUCCAGCACGAACCAGGCAGCAGCGCCCUCUGUUAAUCCGUCAGAGGUGAGCGGCAGUACCCACAACUCGUAUGCCCCGAAUUCACCAAGUGCCCCGCUGCCGGAUGCGGAUGCGGGCGGUGGCGCUGGCUACGGUGGCGGCGGCGGCGGCGGCGGCUCCAACGGAUAUGGCAACGGUGGUGGCGGUGGAUAUGGUGGUGGCUUCUCGGCUGGCGGCCAUAGUCUCUAUCCCAGUCUCCCCCAGUCUGGCGGCAAUGGUGGUGGUGGUGGUGGUGCUGCUGCACCCUACAAUCCAUAUGGCGGCUACAACCCACAGCAGCCCCCCCAGGGCGGCGGCUACAAUCCCUACAACGGCGGCAAUGGAGGAUAUCAGCCAGCACCUGGCGGCUAUCAGCCGAGGCCCGGCUACACACCGCCGGCACCUGGCUACGAGAACAAUGGUGAUGGCGGACAAAAGCCCAAGGACAAGCAGGGCGGCGGCUUCUUCUCCAACUUCUUCUCGAAUCCGGCGGUGAGUCAAGCGGUUUCCGGUAUCAUUGCAGGCCAGAUCGCCAAGCAGUUGCAGGGCGGAGGCGCUGGCGGUGGCGGUGCUGGCGGUGGCGGUGCUGCCAACUCGAACGGUGGCUACCAGCCCAGCGGUGGCUAUGGCAGUGGCGGCGCUUCUGGCGGCUCUUCUGGAGGCGGCGGCAGCAACAUCCUGGGCGGCCUGCUCGGUUCCGUGUUGUCUGGCGGCGGUGCCAAUGCAGGCGGCGGCUCUUCAGGUGGUGCCAGCAGCUUCCUGGGCAGCCUCCUCAAUGGUGGCGGCAAUGCCAACCGGGCCAGCUCCAGCGGCGGCGGCGGCGGCGGUGGCCUAGGCGACAUCUUCAGCUCCAAAAACUUUGGCGGCCUCUUCAGCGAGAAUCCCUCCUCCCGUGGGGGAUCUGGCAGCGACUCAUCCUCCUCCGGCGGACCCAAGAGCUAUCCCACCCAGGCCCCGGGCAACUACUACGGAUAGAUCGAGGAUCGGGGGAUGCAUCUGCUCCGUGGAAAUUCCUUUCUUGUGUAUCCACUCGUGUAUUUCUGUUUCUUUUUUGAUGGCAUCUAAUCAAACGGAGAACUUUUCAACGAAAUUAACUGAACAAUAUUGCAAAACAUACACAAGCAUAAGCGUAACAUAUACAUAUACAA